AUAACUAACUGUAGUAUUUUUAUAACUUAUUAGAUACAUCUAAUGAUUGUUUCAUGGUUUUGAAAGCUAGUGGAGUGGGGGCGAGGGACUUCCCUGAACGCCCCAUCAGCAUGAUCAGUACACGAGCACUGCUCAACACACACCAGUGGCCGUAUGGCGCCGCGUUGAGUAAUAGAAGGAAUAUGCUACUCAAAUAUCGAUGAGAGAAAGAUAACAUGCAAUAUACUUCAAUCAGCUUGCUAUGCAAACGGAUCAGCCUGCAUUUCGCUCUAAGCCCCCGGACUGUAAGCAACAUUCACAUCAUUCCAAGCUUCGCUCUCACUAGCCAUUAUGUCGCUUCUUUGGAUGUUUCGUAUUAUUACAUUGACCAUAUCUGGGUAUCUUACAAAGUGCAGUUGUUACGAGCUUCCUGAUUCAUACAACAAGAGAUUACGGCCAAAUGUCGGAGGUCCUCCAGUGGAGAUACGGGUAGGACUGUAUGUCGAGAGUCUGGGUGCUAUAGAAGAGAGCACGAUGGAUUUUCGUUUGACGCUGUACUUUCGGAAGCACUGGAAGGACCCUCGACUUGCCUUCAAUAAAACACACGAAAGAAUAUUCGUGUCUAACGACGGGGAUAUAUUUUGGUCCCCGGACCUCUACUUUCUUUAUGAAAAAGGUGGUCACGCACAUGACAUCACAGUUCCUAACAUUGUGACGACCAUUCAACCCGAUGGAACAGUUUUUAGGAGCACAAGGGUCACAUUAACUUCAGCUUGCUUCAUGAGUCUACAUCGUUUUCCAUUUGAUUCUCAGAGGUGUUCACUAAACGUUCUGAGCUACAGUUACACGACAAAGGAUAUGAUGCUAACAAUUAAGGAUGAAGAUGUCGAAAUCCCUAAAGAAUUGAUUAUUCCUAGUUUUGUCCUGCAGUCGAAGUGGAAUACUAGUGGGAGUGUCCUGAAUUUGGAAACCGCAGGAAACUAUAGCAUGGUGACCAUUUCCUUCACAUUUCAACGUCAGAUGCAGUCAUUCCUUCUGACUGUCUAUAUCCCUAGCAUGCUUUUGGUCACAGUGGCUUGGCUUUCAUUUUGUAUCGAUGCUGAAGCAGCUCCUGCAAGGGUCUCCCUUGGGAUAACAACAGUACUCACCAUCACCACUAUGACUGCUGGGAUGCAGGAAUCACUUCCGGUGGUCACUUACGCAAAGGCUAUUGAUAUCUGGCUAGCAGCCUGUCUUUUCUUUGUCUUUAUGGCCUUGAUUGAAUUCGCUCUGGCUAAUUAUCUACUCAUCGUAAGGAAAAAACGAAAAGAAGCGAUCGAAGCAUUGGAACAAUCUCAUAAGUCAUCUUGUGGGGCUAAUACCAAACUUGGAUUAAGCGACGAACAGCUGAUUAGAUACCAAGCACAGUAUGCUGCACCACUCAAAACCACUCCUGAUGUUUGUGAUGAAGAAACCCAAAAGACUAAGGUUGUCAUUGAGCCAUGGACGGCAGACAGAGUAGAUUGUAUGGCAAGAUACAUCUAUCCAGUUGCCUUCACAUUGUUUAACUUCAUUUAUUGGCCUUUCUACAUUUACGUUGAUGAAGCUUCAUUCUAUUGAGUGAAGAAGUGAAAUAAACAAUUUAAACAGUCACAUCAUGGUUCCCACUCAGGGGGCGGCCGGGGGAGGGGGUGGGUGGCUUAGGACACUCUCCACAAAACUACAACGACCUUGCAAGAAAAGUGAAGAAAAACAAGGAAAAGGAGAAAGAAGAAUUAUAGGGAAAAGGUUGAAUUAUGUCUGUUUGAUUAUCAUGUCAAAAUCGAUCACAGAAUUAUAUUUUUAUAUAUAUAUAUAGAGAGAGAGAGAGAGAUGUGAAAAUGUCUUAUUAGUCGCUUCGCUCGCUCGCGUCUUUUAACAAAAUUUGCUUUAUAUUAUGUUCUGCCCACUCAAUUUUAUGACUCAAUAAGACACUGAUGAUCUUUAUGUUCUACCUUCUUUUCUAUUCGUUUUUCUGAGACCUCUAAGGAGUGCCAAAAACUAACCCCACACUUUUUUUUUCAACUUUGCUUACUCAAAUGCUUACUAUUUUGGCAAAUUAAAUUGGUAUACUCCAGGCUGAAAAAAUAAUAUCGAAAUAAAUAGUUUGAAAUUCAGCAAGCAAAAUGCUGAAAACUUAAUCAAACUCUGAUAAGAAAUAAAGUUUUUUUUUAUUUUAGAUUUGGCAAUAUUUCAUUGGUGAAAACAGUUAGAUUGAUACAGUCAUGAAUAUGCAUCAGGAGGGUUGAUGAUGUUAUGUCUCCACUCCCCCCUUUCAUAUCAGAAUCAUUUCAUAUUUUCAUAUUUAUGUGUAACAUGUCUGUCGCGUAACAAAUUAAGUUUCAGCAGUAUUAUUUUAUAGUAAAUUGGUUGUUAAUCCCUUUAUUACAUUCUAGGAGGGCAAAAUUUGAAUAAGUAUAAUUUUAUAUGAUAUGAAGUAUAACAGAUUAAGUUUGGAAAUGACAUCUUUGACUGGCUCAUAUGCACAUUCAUUUUACAUCAUUAUUAUUAUUAUCAUUUAGUAUCAUUGUGAUCAUUAGUAGUAGUAGUAGUAG